GUGUUCUAGUAUAGAAUUGUGUUACACACUUUUUUCACGAGUGAAGAUAAUUGUAAUGCUGGACGUGUUGUCGAACUGUAAAGUGUGUUAGCCGGAGCAGUGUAAGGCAGAGUUUCUUAAAUAACGCAAUGUUUUGACUCGUUAUGCAAUGUGAGGUCGUGAGCUUUCACCUUGUUCCGGGGUGCAACCGUGCAGGUCGUGAAGACGAACGUGAUCACUUUCUAAAUUCGAAUCGUAAAGCCCGCUUCAGCCGAGUCUCUAACGGGAUCGGCUGAGAACUAAUCGUGUAAACAAACCACUGGAGGAGUCGCAUUGUCACUAAUCCGAGCUUUGACGUUAGUCGUUACUAGUCAGUCGGUGUUUAUCGGUCGUGUCCAUGUCGUCCUGAUCCACUUCUGAACGGCUUCUCUAUCUGGGCCAUGGAGCUCCACCUCUCCAACGCCACCGACGGUUUCCUCGACACCGUCUUCUCCAGCGUGAACGGCCUGGCGGCUCAAGAUUACAACCCCUGGUACGGAUCGGUCAUCGGGUCCAUAAUCGUCGGCCUGAGCGGUAUCAUUCCUCUCUUCAUCAUCCCGGUCGACGGCUCGCUCGACCUGAAAACAGGGGUUGCAGGAGACAAGUUGAAGCUUUUGCUAAGUUUUGCCGUAGGCGGCCUUCUUGGAGAUGUAUUUCUUCACUUGUUACCGCAAGCAUGGACAAACCAUAGCAAAAAUGUCACCUUGAAAGAUAUUAAAGAUCACCCCUCGAUGUUCUGUGGGCUUUGGGUCCUAGCUGGGCUUUUGGUAUUCAUAAUCGUUGAAAAGCUUUUUGCUAAGGACAAGAGCUUGGAAGAGGAGAUAAUGAAAUCAAAAUCAAACUGCACAAGAGAAACUACCAACAACAAUGUUGCCGUCACAACAAAACCUGAGAAUGCCAAAGAAAUAAGCGGAUACCUCAAUCUGAUGGCCAAUGUGAUCGACAACUUCACCCAUGGCUUAGCAGUAGGCGGUUCGUUCUUGUUGAGCUUGAGGGUCGGCGUACUUACGACGCUCGCCAUCCUCAUUCAUGAAGUGCCACAUGAAGUGGGCGACUUCGCAAUCCUAAUGAGAGCUGGCUUUUCACGUUUGGAAGCUGCCAAAGCUCAAUUGGCAACAGCUUCAUCUAGUCUUGUUGGUGCCUGCACUGCAGUCGCGUUCAGUUCCACGUCACAACUAAUCGAACAAAAAACGUUGUGGAUUCUGCCUUUCACAUCAGGCGGGUUUCUUCACAUAGCUCUAGUGACUGUUCUACCCGAGCUCAUUGAAGAGAAAAACCCUAGAGAGUCAUUCAAACAGAUCUCUUUUCUGAUUCUGGGCAUUGCUGUAAUGGCAGGCAUGACAUUCGUCUUGGAUGAAUAGAGUGAAUGAAGUCCAACAAUGUUAAGAAUCUAAAAAAAAAUAUAAAAAAAUCGGGUAUAUAUUAACACAUGUAUAACUUGUUUUUUAAUUAGCAUCUUAUAACAAGAAGCCAAUCCAUUAUCGUUUAAAGAAAAAAUUAUAUUUUUAUGGUUAAUUAUAUAUAUUUAAUAAUAAUCUGUUACCAAAUUGUCACUAGCUUUAAUGAUAGAAGAUUUCAAACAAAAUCAAUUGCUUCAGUAUUAUUUUUGUGUAUAAUUUUUGCUACUUUUUUAUUAUUAUUUUUAGUGAAUUUAAUAAAAAAGCAAGUGUUUUUCCUUAGACAAAACAAUAUAAGUGAUAUUAAUUAAAUAUUAGACUGUUCAAAUUUUGUAUCACAAUGUCAACAAAUUCAAGAGUAAAUUUUUUUUUUGGUAAUGAGCUUUUGUCCAUUGUAAUUAAUCAAUUUUCCUUUGGAUAACUUGCCUGAAUUUUAUUUAUGAUUAUGCUAGACUCCUUGUAUUUGAGCAAUGGUUUCUUUUGAUAAAUCUUUUAUUUUUCUAUACAUAAAAAUUGUAUAAUUUUGCUGUUGUUGUAAAUAAUGUAUAUACAGUAGAGUAUAUGUGAUACGCUAUGAUAACUAUUGUGAUGUUCCUUUUGGCGAACAAAUUUUGUGUAUUAAAAUAUAUUUUAUGAAUUGUAUUUUUUGGUUAAUAAAAAAAUCUAAAUCUAAAUUUUUAUCACCCAGAUCGAAGGAAAAAAAUGAUGUUGACAUAUUCAAUGAAGGCUGGAAUUUCAAUUUUCACCGUCCCAGUUGUCAAAUUUUUUUUACAAAUUAAUUUUCUUGCGCAUUACGCCUCAUUAAUUGUCUACAAGUCAGCCAUCUCAUGGGAUGACUUCAAAAGCUCUCUCAAGUUUAUACUCAGUCGACUUAAGUUGCAGGGUCCAAAUAAGAAAUGGAUUUAUUUUAAGGAAAUAGAAAUAUUUAUAUCAAAAAUAAAUAUAUUGUUAGACAUGUUUGAAACCUAAUUCUAUGUUUACUCCUGACAUUAUUUCCCUAAAAACCACCACAAAAAUAUAACCCCAACUAAAAAUUCUAUAAGUAAAAUUUCAUUGAAAUAUUAAUUAAAAAUUUUGUAAUGUAUAUACAGUACUGACUCAGUAAUCUGAACUAAUUCUGCAACUGCAAGAGCCAAUUACAUAAAACAUUUAUGUAAGCAGCACCAAAUUUUUUUACUGGUUUUACAUAUUAGGCAGAUUCAAUGUAUUCAGCAUGUAUAUAUCAUAUUAUUGGGAAAGGGAAUAUAAAUGAAGAUUCCAGGGAUGACAAAGGGAAUCGGGCCCAUGACCUCAUGGUCUACAAGCGUCUUUCAAGCUAACCACUAGGCUACCGCGGUACACCAACCAAUAGUUAACACUCGCACUGCCAUCAUGAGAAUUUCUUUUUUGCUUGUACUGUUUUUUUUUUAAAUUUAUUAUAAGCUAUCCACCAAUGUAUUCCUCUAUUAGGUCUUUCCUGUAUGUGAAGUAAUUUACUUUGAAAAUUUUGAACAAAAAUAUAAUGGGUUUAUUUAAGCCUGCCAAUCAUGGCUUUUUUUUCCCCCAGUACAAACAUUUUAGUUGUUUCCAUGUACAUUCUGGUAUGAAAAAGGGUUUUAGCCCUACUACUUGCACCCUAAUCUUCACCGUUUGUCCAUUGUCAUGGUUUUAAAUAUUGGGUCUAAAGGACCUGACACACUGUUGGCAGUGUGGGUGUAAAAAAGCACGCUUUUAUUCAAAAACUGGUUUCGCAGUGAUAUGAAAUAGUAAAUGCUCAUCAUCACACUAAAGAAGUUACUGCUAGGAAUCUGGUUCACUGCAAAACCAGUUUGAGAAUAGAACUUUUUUUUCUUUCAACUAUUGAAUUGAUAUACUCAAUCCAUCAUAAUUAUUUUUAGUACCUUACAUUUUAUAAAUAACAAGAAAAACAUUUAAAUUAUAAAUAAAAAGAAUGAUGUACAUAAGUUCAAAUUCAAGAACACACCAGAACUUUUUUGUUACUUUUCAUGUUCAUAUUUCAUUAUAAACAAUUUUUUUAACCAAGGAAAACAGACGUCCCAGCUGCCAGGGCCCGAGACCCCGACCACCCAGACAGAUGGGAAGGGGAUACCUCCAACAAUCAUUUUAACCUUAUUUUUAUACUAUAAACAAUUUUGUUUUUAUUAAUUACAAGGUAAUGUGGAAAUUAUUGGGUUUUGGAAAAUUAUGUAUCACAUGGGAUAUAUUAAAAAAAAA